AUGAAGCUGAAGAUUUUCCCCCCUGCUGCAGUAAAGCAAGAUAUGGCGGUUAAGAAGAAUCCCCACGUAUUCUUUGAUGUGACAAUUGAUGGGAGCCCUUCAGAAAGAAUUAUUUUUGAGUUGUUUGCAGAUGUUGUUCCCAAGACAGCUGAGAACUUUCGCGCAUUGUGUACAGGCGAGAAGGGAAUUGGAGCUUCCACUGGGAAGCCUCUUCAUUUCAAAGGAUCCAUCUUCCAUCGCAUAGUCAAAGGAUUUAUGGCGCAAGGUGGUGAUUUUUCAAGCGGAGAUGGCAAAGGAGGAGAAAGUAUUUAUGGAGGAAAAUUUCAAGAUGAAAAUUUCAAGCUUGAUCAUAGUGAGGCUGGUCUCCUCUCCAUGGCAAAUGCUGGUCCAAACACAAACGGUUCUCAGUUCUUCAUACUAUUUAAGCGCCAACCUCAUCUUGAUGGGAAACAUGUUGUUUUUGGUAAGGUUGUGAAGGGAAUGGAAGUUAUUAUGAAAAUUGAACAGUUGGGAGCAACUGAUGGAACUGGGAAGCCUUCUGGUACUGUUAGAAUAUCAAAUUGUGGCGAGAUAUCAAAUUCCGGUACUGGAGCUGAGAAAGGGAAACAAAAAAAGCUGGCCAAGGCUUCAUCUUUUGAUGACAGUUCUGAUGACAAAUCUAAAAGAAAACGCAAGACAAGAGACAGCAGGAAUAGGAAAAGGAGAAAAUACUCUUCAUCUGAUUCAUACAGCUCUGGCUCAGACUCUGAUUCACAUUCUUCAGAGACUGAUUCCUCUUCGCAAUCUGAUUCGGGAUCAGACUCUAUUUCUUCAAGUUCUUCCAGCGAUGGAAGGCGCAGGAAGAAAAGGACAUCCACAAAAAGGGAGAAGCGAAAGGAGGGAUAUAGAAAAGGGAAAGGUCGCAGCGGAAAGAAAAGACUUCAAUCAAAGAGGAAAUGGAGUUCUGGAAGUUCUAGUGGUUCGGAGAGUGAUGGAAGUCAUGGCAGCAGCAGCAGUUCUGACAGUGAGAUUUCAGAUCACCGUCGAAAACAGAAAUUGCCCACCCGUGACAGAGAAGCUGAUAAUUCAACUCAUGAUGCUGAAAAAGCUGAUAAACAUGACCCAAGAGAUUCAAACAAAGCGAGUCGGAGAUUGAGCCCAACGUCCAGGGGUCGGACAAAUCCUAGCAUGAGCCCAAAAAGAGGGAAUGAUGAUGUCAAUAUUGAGUGUGUUGCUCACAGAUCUUCCCCUGAGGUAGAGGGAAACCCGGUGCAAGACGUGUUCCAUGCUUCAAAUCAGCAGGACUCGAGGGCCCAUUCUCCUGAUGGAUCUGCUAAGCGUGUUCGAAAAGGCCGUGGUUUUACCGAUCGCUAUUCUUUUGUUAGGCGUUAUCGUACGCCAUCUCCAGAACGGUCACCUCCACGGUAUUACAAUGGUGGGAGAAAUAACCGUGAAAGGUUCCCUAGGUACAGGCGCUAUUCACCAGUUCGACGUAACCGAAGCCCACCUAGAGACAGAACCCCGCCUAGAUACCGGCGUAGGAGUCGAAGUAGAAGUGAUUCUCGCAGUCCUGUAGGUUACCGUGGCCGUGACAGGAUUACAAGCAGGAGAAGGCGCAGUCCUAGCCCCGAUGACACCCGGCGCCCUAUAAGUGACAGGCUUAAAUCACGUCUAGGGCCUCAAAAGGAUGACUUGCACCUGCGAAGGAGAGGUAGGUCAACCUCAAGCUCUAGAAGCCGUGGUUCUCCUCAUUCCAAGUCUCCUGAUGUUUCUCAGGGGAAAAUAAAAUCUGCACAAGCACCCAGCCGUUCACGGUCCAGCUCUCCUGGUGCACAAAGAGGGUUGGUCUCAUAUGAUGAUGUCAGUCCGGUUAACGGGUCAACCUAA